GUGGUGGAAGACAGUCUGUGCAGUCCAGUCCCUUGUGUGUUUGAGUUUUCCAAGGCAUCUCCCGGAAAUCCCAUGACUGUGGGCUACAGGCUUGAUGAAAACAUCAGCUUCCAUGUAGAUACCAGACAGCCCAUAACCCCCACAGGUGAUUUCUCCACAGAAGAGGUGGAAGACUGCAUCCUGCUGAGCCGUGACAUGCUCAGAAGGGAGAACAUGACCUACAUGCUCUAUGUAGGUCUGGAAGAUCAGAAAGGCACUGUCCUGAGAGAGGACAUCGGACUCUCCAUAUCAGACCUGACCCAAAAGCCAGAGCUUCACAUCCCAGAAUACAGCGUGCCUAGAGAGCCUAUGACUUUGACCUGUAUCAUCCAAGACCCCUGCCAAGAGCCCAAGGCCCUUUUUCUCUCCUGGAAGGGACCUGCCAUGUCUUCCAGCAUGCGUGUCUCCAUCAAUCCCUCUUCAGAGCUGCCCAUUGCCCCGAAGCCUGAGGACCAGGACACUACCCUCAGAUGCUACUUAAAUCUAUCCCUAGAUAACCUGACCAGCAGGAAAGCGGUCAAGCUACAACUGGUCUCACCUGCUAGGCUGCUCAACUACUCCUGUUUGCUGAAGAGGACACUAGCAUGUAGUUGCUCCUUCCAUGGGAUCCCCACACCUUUUGUGCAGUGGUGGAUUGGAGGAACCCCUGUGAGUGUGAAUAGCAUAGAUUCCAUCCUGCACAUGACCUCCACCACACUGGAACCCUGGACCAACAGCACCAUUCACCUCAUGUGGGAACCAGAAAUCAUUAGGAGACUUCGUUGUGAGGGGAAGAACCAAUAUGGAGUCCAUGCUUCCAGAAUCUUCCUGAUACCAGAUAAAAGCUCCAUUGCCAGUGUCUUCCUGAGAGGGCUAAUCCAGGGCAUUGUGUAUGGGACCAUAGCAUCUUCUUUAUUCUUCUUCUUCCUUGUUGUACUAAUAAUGAAGAUGUUUAACUGGUGGGGGGAAAUUCAAGCUUGCAAGAACAGAGAGGAGAAACCAGUUUCAGGAGGAGCCAAAACAGUUGAAAUCUGAAGCUGUGCAUGGACGGCCUGGGCUGGAGGUAAGUGCCAGUCAGCCUGAGCUGUGUGCUUGGCUUGCAGAGGGAUGAAACCAGGCCCUCCCAGCCCGCCUGGGCACAACCACUGGAGGUCGGGGCACACACUCUUUAGGAACAACCUCAUCCUGGCACUCCAGCUCUGCAUCAACUUGACCAGCAUGGAAGAGCAGGGUCUUAACUGGAUGUGGGUCUGGAUUUGUUCAUUCUUCACAAUGAGGUCCCAUGGGACAGCAGCGCCCUGCAGCGACCAUGGCAAGGACCCUACAGCCUCAGCCCCAGCAUUGCCCCACAAUGGAGACCUUUCAGACACCAGCAGAUGGUGCCUGUUGAGAACAGUAAAUUCCAGUGUAAAUGCUUUGUAAGUCAGCUGGGAUCACCAUGAGAAAGUGGCACAGCAUGGGUACCUUCAAACCACAAGUUUUUUUUUUUUUCUUCCAUAAUUCUGGGAAGCUGAAGAUCAAGAUGGAGAUGUCCAGAUGGUUGGCCUCUCAUGGGCCGGCUCUCCUUCAGUCUCCUUUGCAUCCUCACAGGAUCUUCUCUGGGUCCCUCCCCCUCCUCCUCUUCCUCUGACAUUUUGGUCUGUUUGUUUGGAAUGUAGGGCCUUGCUCAUUCUGAUACCAGACAAGAGCUCCAUUGCAGAGCCACGCCCCAGCCCCUCACUUUGGGGUUCUAGGAAAACACUCUACUGCAUUCCUGUAUCCCUGUCUUCUUUUACAUUUUUUUAAGACAGGGUCUCACUAAGUCACCCAGGGUGACCUUGAACUCUGAGAUCCCCCUGCUUCAGCCACCUAGUAGGUAGGAUGACAGUUGUUCCCUGCCACUUCGACCCUAAUUUCUUGUCAUAGUCCAUAUUGGGUCUAAUCCACCCCGUGAACUCAUCUUAAUUGAUUGCUUGAUUACCUCUGCAAAGUCUCGUCUGAAAAUAGGAUUGUAUUCUGGCCGGCCUGGAGUUUAGCGUGGAG